GUAACGGAUUUCCUCUGAUGACUACAAGUCAUAAUUACCAAAUGUUUGACAUCCAAUAGCCAUUGAUUAAUUAAUCAAUGUGCUCUUGUGGUGUUGUUAAACAAAACAAACUUUAACCUUGCAAAGGGACAGUUCUUACUGUAUAACUUUAUAAAUCUUUAAACAUAGAGACUGAUCACAUUUACUGGUACUGGUACUGGUACUGGUACUUGUACUUGUACUUGUACUUGUACUUGUACAACAAUUAAAUCAUCCCAGUUAGUGGGGGGAAAUUUAUUGUUUGUGGGGAUGUGAGGGGUAUAUAAUAAUUGCAAUGUACACAAAAUUUUUAAUAACCUAAAAACAAUAUUUGGUUGUAAUUUUAGGGGCAUGUUGUUCUAUCUUCUUAUUAUCUUUAUAUUUCAAAAAUAAAAGAAUAACUUUGGCAAUUAAUUUACGUAACUUUGAUAGUCCCUUUAAUUCCGUAAUCAACAGGUUGAAUGUGAACUAGAGUUACUUCCCUUGAUCAAUUUGUUUUAGUAGACGACAAACAUGUCGGAAGUAUCUACUGCUGUUCGAGUUAAACGUAUUCGAAGUCGAAAAUCAAAUUAUAGCGAUAAUGAAAUUGCCAUAAUGGUAGACGAGGUGGCUGCUAACUAUAGCACUUUAUUUUCGUCAGUUCCAUCGAGUAAUUUGAAAAUGAAAAAUGACAUUUGGAAUAGUAUUGCUCAAAAGAUCAAUGCAUCUACAGGUACAGGGGUAGAUCGAUCAGGAAAAGAAAUCAGGAAGAAGUGGAAUUACUUUAAAUGCUAUGUCAAGAAAAAAACUCUCCUCAAUAUAAGAUCAAAAAAGAUGACCAGGGGUGGACCUACACCAUCAGCAUGUGCACUGACUCGCACUGAAAAAAAGGUGUUAUCACUAAUCCCAAUUUGUCAGAUUGAAACAGAUGGAGAAUUAGAAACUGAUAUGUCUGAUGAAUGCAGCACAAUGAUAGAUGAAACAGGAUGUAGUGGAGCUGAUGGGCCAGUAAGCCCCAACUUUCCCAGAGAUGUCUCAGAGCCAGAGAGUAGUGUGGCACAAUUCAUACCCAGACCUCUAACCCAACCUGCAGUGAAAGAGGAGUCAGUCCUACAGAGCACUGUUAACAUUGUCAGCCGAGUGGGUGUGGAAACUCGGAAACUGGCCGUUUUAAAGCAGCUUCUUGAUGUGGAAAAAACCAGAUUGUGUGUCGAGAGAAGUAGGCUGGCAAUAGAGGAGAGGCGAUUGUUAUUAGAAGAGGAGAAGCUAUCGCUGAUGAAGACAUCCAUAACUAGUAGUGCUCUGCAGGAUCCUUCAUUAAAUUAACAUUGUGUUGUUGGAUAUGAAAAUUUAAAAAUUUUGUUUUACUGUGAAUAUAUAUACUGUUCAAAAUACCGGUAAGUAGGGGAUAUUGGAAGUAAAAUAUGAAUAUGUAUGGAAUGAAACAACACAAAACCAUGGCCAGCCCUGAUCCCAGAGCUGCUCAACACAACACCAUGGUUAGACACCAACAUUAGCAAACUAUUUGACUUACUCCUAUUGUGAUCAUUUGAUUUAAUUUGAAGUGCAUAUACCAAUCUAUCAAGAAUUUUUCAGCUCCUUGUUGCUGAACGCAGUCAUGGUUCUAGGAAGAUUUCACUUUCACAUUCUUCUUAAAUGGACUAAGUCAAAUUAUACUGAAUGGCAACAUUUUUAAAAACUUGGUCUAUUAGAAUGGAGUAGAGAUUUUUUUUUUCCUCCUCAAUUUUACGACAGCUUUAAAGUUUUUGUGGGGUAUAGCCGAUUGCUGCCAAGUCUUCCGAGGGCUGCACUUGAUCAUCAACUGCUUAUUUUUGAACAAUAAAUGGAGGAUUCAUCACAAGGGUUUUUCAAUAUGGAAAAUAUCAACCAAGUCUAUGUCAAUCGGUAUUUGUCAAGGCUCUGCGUAAACAAAUACCGAUUAACUUAAACAAGGUUGAUGUUUUAUAUAUUAAAAAAUUGCGAAUUCUAUUUAUCCUACAACACUUCUAAUAUAACUUCUUUUUUUAUAUUUAGUAAAUCAAAGUUCUGAAGUCAUGGCGAUUAACACAAAUAUAGUUUGAUGUCACCCAAAUCUCAUCUCAUGAAAACAAUACACUCAGGUAUACAAGUCUUGUUGGCUGUAAACAAAUGACCCAUUGACAGCAAAACAUUAUUAACUGAGUUAAUAAUGGUAAAUAUGAAAUGAGUUUAUGACAUGGAUAUUACUCCGUAUGGAUAAGUUGUAGGAUAAAUAUGUGUAUAGAGGAUGGCUUACAUUAUUUAGUUACUUAUUUAAUUCAGUGAAAGGUAAGGAUUGUUUGACAGUGGCUAUUAGUAGGGAUGGGUAUUGCCAGAAAGCCAAUACCUGCAGUGCAAAAUGACUAGAUAUGUCACAUUUGAACACCAAGGAUUUACAAAACGGUAACUAACAAGUUUCUUAUUUGUGCAUAUUCUCUCCAUUUAGGAGUGAAAUAAUUUGUUAAUUGUCACAUUCAAACUUUAUAGCAACAGAACAGUAUCAGGAUUCAUCCUACAUAAAUGUAACUAAUGUCUGUCAAUAGGUUUUGAAAUAAAAUGCUGCAAUGUUCAUACCUGCAGAACCAACAUGGUAAACUGAUAGUACUGCAUAUCCCUAGCUAUUGGGUGUCCAGCAAUAAUUGUGACACCGAGUCUAGAUUAAGACCAACUACUGCCAAAUGGGUUACUCUUAUCAAUUAGUGAUAAAAGGUAUAUUAUAUGCAGUUUCCAACAGACAUCACAGCAGUAAGUCUGAUUUAGUAGUUGUGGAGCACUGGCUGAAGGGGGGGAAACCCAAUUAGGUACAUCCAAGCACUCUACCUCUGACAAUUGUAUGUUGCUAGUAAUAUAUAUUAUGUGCCAAAUUAUUCAUGUUUAUUCUAGUUUUUUACUGAUAUUAAAAUACUGAAAUGUAAA